UGUGUUCCUAGCUUGAAUGGAAUGGCAUUAUCACUCGGAGACACUUUUGUCACAAUUGUAUGCCUUUUGAGUGUGCGAGUUGUGACGCGGGACCGUGAGAGAUGGAGACGAGUGCCGAGUCUGGCAGCAUGUCGCCGGCGCGCGUGAAGCUGGAGCCCGAGACGGACCAGUCGGAAAUGAGCAUUGUUAAAGAAGAAGCUGUAUUCCUGGAUGAAGAGGAGCGCGUGAAGGAGGAGUGGUCGGACAGCACGGCCGGGCGCGGCGUGAGCGAGGCAGCCAUGCUGGCCGACUUGUACAUCGAGCACGAGGUGAAGGACGAGCUCGUGCUGGGCCCGGAGCGCCCGCACCGCCCCGUAGUCGCCCCGGCCGCGCUAUAUAAUCGUGUCGCAGCGUCCGCUCUCGUCUCCCCUGCUGCGGUGUCGGGUGUGCGCCGCUCGUGCUCGGUCAGGCUGGAGCGCCUGCUGGUGGACGCGGCGCGGCGCACCUGCCGGGUCGCGCGCCGCACGUACAAGCUGCGCGCCGCCGAGCCCGCACACACACCCAGCGCCAUCGCCACCGGCUAUCAGUGUCACCAUUGCGGCAAGCGGUUCAGGAACAAGUCGGUUCUGAAGAAACACGUACACACUCACUCAGACGAGAAGCCUUUCAGCUGUAGCCACUGUAGCUAUAGGUGUAGAACAAAGGCACAUUUACGGCAGCACCUAAUGACUCACACAGGCGAGAAGCCUUUCAGCUGUACUCACUGUAGCUACAAGUGUCGAUCAAAAACAGAUUUACGUAGGCAUCUAAUGAUUCACACAGACGAGAAGCCUAUCAGUUGUACUCUAUGUAACUACAAGUGUAGAAGAAAGUCAGAUUUACGGAAGCACCUAAGGACUCACACAGGCGAGAAGCCUUUCAGCUGUAGCAACUGUAGCUAUAAGUGUAGAACAAAGGCACAUUUACGGCAGCACCUAAUGAAACACACAGGCGAGAAGCCUUUCAGCUGUACUCUAUGUAACUACAAGUGUAGAACAAAGGCACAUUUACAGCAGCACCUAAUGACUCACACAGGCGAGAAGCCUUUCAGCUGUACUCUAUGUAACUACAAGUGUAGAACAAAGGCACAUUUACGGCAGCACCUAAUGACUCACACAGGCGAGAAGCCUUUCAGCUGUACUCACUGUAGCUACAAGUGUAGAUUAAAAACAGAUUUACUGAAGCACCUAAUGACUCACACAGACGAGAAGCUUUUCAGCUGUACUCACUGUAGCUACAAGUGUAGAUUAAAAACAGAUUUACGUAGGCAUCUAACGACUCACACAGACGAGAAGCCUAUCAGUUGUACUCUAUGUAACUACAAGUGUAGAACAAAAUCACAUUUACGGCAGCACCUAAUGACUCACACUGGCGAGAAGCCUUUCAGCUGUACUCACUGUGACUACAAAUGUAAAAGAUCAACAGAUUUACGGCUGCACUUAAUGACUCACACAGACGAGAAGCCUUUCAGCUGUACUCACUGUAGCUACAAAUGUAAAAGAUCAACAGAUUUACGGCAGCACCUAAUGACUCACACAGACGAGAAGCCUUUCAGCUGUACCCACUGUGACUACAAAUGUAAAAGAUCAACAGAUUUACGGCUGCACUUAAUGACUCACACAGACGAGAAGCCUUUCAGCUGUACUCACUGUGACUACAAAUGUAAAAGAUCAACAGAUUUACGGCAGCACCUAAUGACUCACACAGACGAGAAGCCUUUCAGCUGUACCCACUGUGACUACAAAUGUAAAAGAUCAACAGAUUUACGGCUGCACCUAAUGAAACACACA